AUAAACCCUUCCCCCAAAGAGAGGCAAAACCAGAAGGAAGUUAUAGCGGGGCAGCUUUGAUGUCUCGAAUUCUCUCACUCUCAGGAAAGACGAUCGUAUCGUAACUUUAUUUAAACGCUAAAAAAUUCUCCGUCGAGAAAUCCACCGUCGCCAGCGCCAAACCCUAGGUUUUAUAUUUUUUUUCCGGUUCUCUGAAUGCUUUUCUAUCUGUAAAUUAUUCUAUUUGGAAGAUGGAUAUCGAGCAAAAACAAGCAGACUUGAUCGAUCACUUCGUGAAGCAAGCGGCUCAGAAGGGCUCGGCUCUUGGCUCCGUAAUCCUCGAAGCGACGUCGCAUCCUUCCCUCUUCGCCUUCUCUGAGAUUCUUGCCGUGCCCUGUGUCGCCGAGCUUGAAGGAACUGAAAACUCAGUGUACCUUGAUGUGCUUCGGUUGUUUGCACAUGGCACAUGGAGUGACUACAAGGGUAAUAGUGGUCGUCUUCCUCAACUGGUCCCUGAUCAAGUCCUCAAGCUAAAGCAACUUACUGUCCUUACACUUGCCGAGACAAACAAGGUACUACCAUAUGAUCAACUAAUGCUGGAGUUAGAUGUCACAAAUGUCCGCGAGCUCGAAGAUUUUCUUAUCAAUGAAUGCAUGUAUGCGGGUAUAGUUAGAGGAAAGCUGGAUCAGCUGCGAAGAUGUUUUGAGGUCCAAUUUGCUGCUGGGAGGGAUUUGAGGCCAGGACAACUUGGGAGUAUGAUACAAACACUGUCAAACUGGUUGGAUACAUCAGACAACUUACUUAUCUCAAUUCAAGAGAAGAUAAAAUGGGCUGAUACUAUGAGCGAGUUGGACAAGAAACAUCGUAAGGAGGUUGAAGAUAGGGUGGAAGAAGUAAAGAAGUCCAUCACACUCAAGAAGUUACACACUGUAAGCAGGCCGACGUUGACUUCCGAGGGCUCGAGGAGAUCUACUCUGAACCUGGUGGAGUGAUGGACUAUGAGGAAGACCGAAGCCGACCCAAGAGGAGACGGCAUCCAAUAUCCUGAAGCUAAGAGCGUGCAACUCAUUGGAUGGGUGUUUAGGUGACCAGCCAGAUUUUUGUUCAUGGCAUUGUAGCAACAGAUGAUUCUGCUUUUGGGACAGUGAUACUGCUCUUGGUAGUGAAUUUGUCAUUGUUGCUUUAGAAUUGGAGAAUUGUUAGCUUGUCUUGAACCCAUUGUUAUUCCUAUCGAGUUGGGAAGAACGAGACCGGAUCUGGUGGUACGGCUAAAAAAAUUUUAAGCAGUUGGUUACUCAAGAUUUACAAAUUCAAAACUUAAUUGUACUUUCUGAUGUCACCCCUAGUGCUGCCUCGUGAAGAAUUUACCUUGCUUAUAAUUUACAAGCUGUUACGUUCUGUCUUGUGGUUAAUAUUGGUUCCAUCAAUUUGGAAAAGUUGUAGGUGUGUCUUGAGCAAAUCUUGUUUGACCUAAUCUUCAAUGUAACACUGUUUGCUCCACAGCAUUUUUUCUUUCUUCCCAAAGGCACCGAUAUUUCAAAGAGAAAUGUGGUCUGACGUGACCUAAAAUUCCCUAUUA